AUGGAGAAGAAACAGAAAAGUAACCCAUUCGAUUCAGCUGGUGUUUUUUCUCGUGCGUUUUUCUGUUGGCUUUUUCCAAUAAUAAUUAAAGGAAGAAAGAGACUUUUGAAAGAAGAAGAUUUAUACGAAACUUCCAAACAUCAUAGUUCAGAGUACCUUGGAAAUAUGCUUCAGAAAGAGUGGGAGAAAGAACUACAGAAAAGAAAUCCAAACGUACUGAAAGCUGUAUUACGAUUUGUUGGAUGGAAAUAUAUAGCAUUAAUUUUACUUACAUUGAUCCAGGAAACGGCGAUAGUUGCAGGACAAAUACACUUAUUAGGAUUAACAGUCCAUUAUUUUGACAAUAGGUCGGAAUGGAAUCCAUACAAUAUUUACUUAACCGUUGCCGGAUUUUUUGGCGUGACAGCGAUUUAUUUGUUUACAUAUAAUACUAAUUAUAUUAUGUCAGAAUUAAUUGGAAUGAAAUUAAAGAUAGCUUUUUGCACGAUUAUAUAUAGAAAGGCAAUGAGGUUAAGUCCUUCAUCUCUAGAAAAAUCGAACGUUGGGCAAAUGGUAAAUCUUAUAGCAAAUGAUGUCAGCAAAUUUCAAAAUUAUACCAAUUCCAUUCCAUAUUUAUUUACAAAUCCUUUCUUCAUUAUCACUGCGAUAGCGAUGUUAUGGCAAUAUUACGGAUGGACUAUUCUAGUAGGAUUUUUGGCCAUAUUUUUCUACAUUCCUAUACAAUUUGCUUUGAGUAAAUUAUAUUCAAAACUGAGAUUACAGGCAGCUAUAUUGGGUGAUAAAAGAUUGAACCUGUUGAACGAGAUGAUUGCUGAUAUGAGAUUAAUUAAAAUGUACACCUGGGAAUUGCCAUAUAUCGCAUUAGUUGAAAAAAUCAGAGAGAAAGAAGUGAAAAAAGUACGAAAUUUUUCAUAUGCGAGAGGAAUAUUAACAACAAUGACAUAUCCUAUAUCAAAAUUAUAUACUUCUCUCACAUAUCUUGCAUUUUUUUUAAAUGGAGGUCAAUUAAAUGCCCAAAUUGUGUUUAUCACUAUGACUGUUUCCAUAUAUAUAUUAUUUAGCACUACUAGUACAUUUUCACAAGCAUUAAAUUUUGUUGCAGAAGUUUUGGUUUCGUUGAAAAGAAUUCAGGAUUUUCUCCUAUUUCAAGAAAAACAAGAGAAAACUCUGAAAGUUGUAGAUGAGAACGAAAAUUCAAAUGAAUAUGGAAUAUGGAUGAAUGAUGUCACAGCUACAUGGAAAAAAGAAACUCACCCAACACUAAACAAUAUGACUGUAAAAGUACAACCCGGAGAAUUAUUAACUGUUAUAGGUCCUGUUGGAUCAGGAAAGGUGAAUAUCUCGUUAUGUAGUUCUAUAUUUUGAAUCAAUGGUUCUCAACCUUUUUUGUUGAUGUACUGUAUUAGUCCAUUAGUUGUUUCUCAAGUACCCCUUAUAUUUUUGUAUCUAAAUUUUAUAAUUACUGCAUUAUAUGUAUACAGCCCUUAUAAC